UACUACUACUACUCCUACUCCUCCCACUCCUCCCACUCCUCCCACUCCUCCCACUCCUCCCACUCCUCCCACUCCAUCUCGCACUAAGUGCACUACUCACACUACUCCUGCCCUGACUCGGACAAUAUCAUCCGCCGCCCUUCUACUCCCCAGAUCCCCUCGUCAUCAUCAUCCUCCUCCUCCUCCUCCUCCUCCUCCUCCUCCUCCUCCUCCUCCUCCUCCUCCUCCUCCUCCUCCUCCUCUCAAACAACUCCUCCCUCACCAACUUCUCCACCAUCUUCACUCUCUCUCCCCAUCAGCAAUCCUCAAUCCGACCACGAGACUCUCACCUUCAGCUCUCCGAAAUACCAGGAACUCAGCGCCCAACUGGCACGUCGUUGCCACCCGCUCCAAUCCCUCUCCACGUCGACAACCCCGAUUCUCAACCACCCCCCUCCGCCAACGCCGCAACGCCAUGACCACAACCGUGACGAGGUCUAACUCCUCCACCAUGACGGUGCAGUUGCCGACCGCGUCACAAUCGCUCCUCCAACCUCUCAUGCACUCCCUCAAGCUCUCCGACCCCCCCAAAGUUGCCACCGAACAUGUUGAGAAUAUCGAGGAGAGCAGCAAUGUCUCCGGCUCCAAUGACCCGCCGAAAGACACCGACACCGACGAGGAGUGGUUCGUCGGCAGCAUAGACCAGGGCACCACAUCUUCUCGUUUCCUCAUUUUCAACAGCCACGGAGAGCCAGUGGCGAGUCACCAGAUCGAGUUUGAGAACAAGUAUCCGCGUUCAGGAUGGCAAGAGCAUGAUCCCCUCGAGCUGGUCUCCUCGGUGCAUGACUGCAUUGAGGAGGCGACGGAGGACUUCAAGGACCUGGGUUACAAGACCGAGCAGAUCCGGGCCAUCGGUAUCACGAACCAGCGCGAGACGACAGUAUGCUGGGACAAGGAGACGGGCGAGCCGUUGUACAACGCCAUUGUGUGGCCCGAUACCCGAACCAAGAGCUUGGUGCGUGAGCUGAAGGGGCGCAAGGGAGCCGACAAGCUCCGCGACCUGUGCGGGAUGCCGCUGUCGACCUACCCGUCGAGCGUCAAGCUGUUGUGGAUGUGCCGCAACAUACCCGACAUCCGCAAGGCCUACGACGAGUCGCGGCUCGCCUUUGGCACCGUUGACACCUGGCUCAUCUACCGCCUUAACGGCGCGACCCAGAACAACAUCCACGUCACCGACACUAGCAACGCAUCGCGCACCAUGUUCAUGAACAUCCACACCCUGCAGUACGACGACGAGCUGCUGGACUUCUUCCAGAUCGACCAGAAGAACGUUAUCCUCCCCAAAAUCGUUCCCUCCUCCGACCCUGAGGCCUUUGGCGCGCUCGUCGGCGGUGUGCUCAAGGGCACCCGCAUCACAGGCUGCGUAGGCGACCAGUCCGCCGCCCUAGUCGGCCAGUGCGCCUUCAACGAGGGCGAGGCCAAGAACACCUACGGCACCGGCUGCUUCCUCCUCUACAACGUAGGCUCCAAGCCCGUCAUCUCCCAACACGGCCUCGUCGCCACCAUCGGCUACCACAUCGGCGAAAAAGCCACCUACGCGCUUGAGGGCUCCGUAGCCGUCGGCGGCUCCGGCGUCAAGUUCCUCGAGAACAACAUGGGCUUCAUCAACAAGUCGUCCGAGGUCGAGAAGCUCGCCCUCUCCGUCCCCGACAACGGCGGCGUCGUCUUCGUCACCGCAUUCUCCGGCCUCUUCGCCCCGUACUGGAUUGACGACGCCAAGGGAACGCUCUUCGGAAUCACGGCGCACACGCAGCGAGGUCACAUCGCCCGCGCCACACUCGAGGCGACGUGCUACCAGACUGCUGCCAUCCUGGCGGCUAUGUACGCUGAUUCGGGUAAGGAGCUGAAGAACCUCGCGGUCGACGGCGGCAUGUCCGAGUCGGAUCUGUGCAUGCAGACGCAGGCGGACGUGAGCGGGAUCCCGGUCGAGCGGCCGGCGAUGCGCGAGACUACGGCGUUGGGGGCUGCUAUCGCGGCGGGGUUGGCGGUCGGUGCGUGGAAUUCGCUUGACGAGUUGAGGGGGUGGAGGGGACGUGGAAAGAGAACGUUCACGCCGAAGAUUGAGGCGGCGGCGAGGAAGAAGGGGGUGAAGAGGUGGGAGAAGGCGGUGCAGAUGUCCAAGGGGUGGGUGGAGGAGGAUGAGGCUGGGGAGAGUGGUGGUGAGGUGGAGGAGGAGGAGGCGGAGGAGGUGCAGGGCAAGAAGGAGCAAGAGGCUGCUGCGAGGGAGGCAGCGAAGGAGGCGGCUGAGGAGGCGGUUGCCGAGAGGGAAACGCAGAAGAGCAACAGCGAUGGCGCGGAAACGGCUGAGCGCGCGGAUGAGGGCGGUGGCGAGAAGGCCAGCGCUUAGACGGGGGGUCAUUGCCGACGACGACGACAUUUACAGCAUAUCAUCAUCACAUUAUACAACGCAUAUACAUCGCAUAUUAUAUAGAUGGCAUGGGAUAUAUAUCACCACACGCACCGAGGUGCGGGGUGGUUCAGGGGAUUGGGAAACGAAAGCGAGCGUUUUUGUUGAAAAAUCUUUUUUAGCGGGCGGUUGGGCGGUUGGGGGAUCCGGGAGCAGCGAGGGGGGGAUUAAGGGAUCUAAUGGUCGUUGGAUCUGCCCUGUCGCUUCGCUCCUCACAGUCGGGGUUUAGCGCGGGGUAAGCAAUUGAUGCCAUCCUCGUAAAGUCGACACUUGAUAUGAACCUCCUUUUCUUGGGUUCACCAUUGCUUAUGCUUCAACGUAAAAUAGUUAAUAUUCUUCGUAUUUUAUAAUACACUCCUAAUAUUCUCUCACCUUAUAGCCUGAUAACUACCUCCAAACAGUGGCCAGCUCGCACGAAAGAGAAACUAAGUGGCCCUCACAACACAUGCCCCUAAGAACAAGAGAUAAAAGACUAUUAUAUCAAGCUGUGUAUUAACCGC